GUUUCUGGUCGCCCAGUUCGCAGCGCCGGGCUGUCCGCAGCUGAGACGCGCGGAGGAGUCGCCGCGGCGACUCUCGCCCAGAGCCGCCGGCGGCUUUGAACCCAGACCAGUUCAUACCCAACGGUGCCACCAGCGCUCCCUCCUUUGGGUUGGGCCCAGGCAAACUGAAAAAUAAAAUAACUUCCUGCCGUCCAGUCGAUUCCGACCCGUAGCGACCCCGUGCGUCUGGUCCCGGGCAGCGACCCACCAUCCUGGAUCCACAACAAGGCCGGGACUCGUCCUGUGCCCACACGCGGCCCAUCCGUCCCCGUCUCUUUGCAAGCUGACCUUUUCCUGGCAAAAACUCCCUCCCUCCCCAGGGCCCCGCUAUGGCUGGGCACCAGGCCCCGGAGCAGCCACUGGACGUGCAGGGGGAUGAUGAGGACGCCGGCGACGGGCUCCAGUCCUCUCACCGCAUGCUGAGCUUCAGCGACGCCCUGCUGUCCAUCAUUGCCACCGUCAUGAUCCUGCCUGUGACCCACACGAAGAUCUAUCCUGAAGAGUUUGACAAGAGCAUACAGCAGCUUCUGGCAGCCAGGGUCGCCGUGUACCUGAUGACGUUCCUGCUUGUGACCGUGGCGUGGACGGCGCACAUCAGAUUGUUCCAGGUCGUUGGGAAAAUAGACGAUACGCUUGCCUUACUCAACUUGGCCUGCAUGAUGACCAUCACCUUCCUGCCGUACACCUUCUCGCUCAUGGUGACCUUCCCCGACGUGCCACUGGGGAUCUUCCUGUUCUGCGUGUGUGUCAUUACCAUCGGGCUGGCCCAGGCGGCGAUCGUGGGGUACGCUUUCCACUACCCGCACCUCCUGAACCCGCAGAUCGCACACUCCGCCCACAAGGCCGCCUUCCGGCAGCACAUCCUGGGCCUUGUGCUCCGAGGCCCCGCGCUGUGCUUCGCCGCUGCCCUCUGCUCAUUCUUCUUCUUCCCGCUGGCAUACCUGCUGAUGGUGACGGUCAUCUUCCUGCCCUACGUCAGCAAGGCGGCCGGCUGGUGCAAGGACAGGAUUAUGGGCCCCAGGGAUCCCCCUAUUCAGAGGCUGGAGUUCUUCACCUUUGACCUGCACGAGCCCCUCAGCAAAGAGCGCGUGGAGGCCUUCAGCGACGGCGUCUACGCCAUCGUGGCCACCCUCCUCAUCCUGGACAUCUGUGAGGACAACGUGCCGGACCCCAAGGCUGUGGAGGCGCAGUUCCACGGCAGCCUCGUGGCUGCCCUGGGCACCUUCGGCCCGCACUUCCUGGCCUACUUCGGCUCCUUCGCCACGGUGGGUCUCCUCUGGUUCGCGCACCACUCGCUCUUCCUGCACGUGCGCCGGGCCACGCGAGCCAUGGGCCUGCUCAACACGCUGGCGCUGGCCUUCGUGGGCGGCCUGCCGCUGGCCUACCAGCAGACCUCGGCCCUGCGCCAGCAGCCGCACGAGGAGCUGGAGAGCAUCCGCGUCAGCUGCGCCAUCAUCUUCUGCGCCAGCAUCUUCCAGUUUGCCACGUGGACGGCGGCGCUGCUGCGCGAGCGCGAGGCCCUGCACCCGUCGGCGCGCUUUGGCGGCCGCGAGCACGCACUCAUGUUCGCCAAGCUGGCGCUCUAUCCCUGCGCCAGCCUGGUGGCCUUCGCCUCCACCUGCUUCCUGCGCCGCUUCAGCACCGCCAUCUUCCACCUCAUGCAGGUGGCCGUCCCCUUUGCCUUCCUGCUGCUGCGCCUGCUGCUGCGCCUGGCCCUGGCCCUGCUGGGGGCCCUUCGCCGCCUGGCGCCGCCCACCCCCGCCCCUGGCCCCCAGGACGCCAGGGACGCACGCGCCCAGCUCCUCCCAGAGCCCUGCUAGUGCCCGCCCACCUCCACCCCCGCAGCUGAAGGUGAGGACGUGAAGGAUGGGGCAGAUUGCCAGUCUCCAUAUUGUCCCCGGUUCUCGCCCUGACGAGCUUCCCAGGACCAGCCUCUGCUGUCACACUCCUACGUCCCCACCCCUCCUGUCACCAACAUGAUGACCAUCCUCCUCUCCUCGUGAGUGGCUUGGCGGCAACUGAACUAAGCAGUGCGAUGGCCUGGCCGGGUGGACAGUGGGGGCCUGGCCCCCAAGCGGCAAGAUGCCUCUAAGUUUCAGAUGGGACAGGAGGUGGAGAAAGCCACUGUUCCCACCGGGAAAGCCCGGGCACCAGGGCCUGCCAAACACCCUUCCAGAGUAGAGACCAGGCAGAAAGCAGAUGUCAUAUCCAGCACUGUGUUUGUCACAUAAGUUACGUACAUUCAGGGAGCUAUAAGUUACACAGAGAGCAGGACCCAGUCAGUGCAGCUCUCAGCAGAGCAGCCUGCCACAGGAGACACGGGGCCUGACAGCACCCCCGGUCCCCCGGGCCGUGGCUGACAACAGCGCCCACAGAGCAGACGGCGAAGCGAGCAUGAAUCACACGCUGCAUGCGUGGACCAGUUACAAACACGUAAACACGGUGCACACUGGGUGCGGUUUGGGCACAAGCGAGCACGAGUCACGCAGAGCUGCAUGGACCAGUUACAAACACGUAAACACGGUGCACACUGGGUGCAGUUUGGGCACAAGCGGGGCAGGGAGGGGGGGACACCCUGGGGUCUGCCUCCCUUGGCUUGCCCCAGGGUUAAGGCCCAAACUCAGGCCAGCAGCAGGCUGGCACUCAGGCCCAGCCAAGCUCCACAGUGCAGGGAGUCAGGGGCCACGGGGGCCCCCUUCUUUGGUGUGGGUGCCUCGGGAGACGUCCCACAUAGUUUAGUUCCCUUUCAUUUCUGUCCUUGUGGUCCGAGUUCCAAAGGAGCCCCAGGGUCCCGGCUAGCCACUGCCCCUGGGCCAGGGGGUCAGGGCGCCAGUCGCAGCCAUGCAUCUGGCAGGCAAUAGUAUGUAAAGUGCGUCACGUGGAGUGGGAAUUAAAGCGGUUCCUCCGCCCA